AUGUCUCUUUCGAUGCCGGCAACCGCCGAGGGAUUUGCCACAUAUCCCCCACGGACUGCGCUGCCGCCUCUUUGCCUUGACGCAUCAACCGCCCGUAAAAGUAUCAAGGCUGGCGAGGUCGUGAAGAAAUGGAUCGCCUCUCUUGCCGAGGCCAUCGAAAAGAAAAGUGUCGCAGCCUUUGAGAGCCUGUUUGUCCAGGAAUCGUGGUGGCGCGACCUUGUGGCCCUGACCUGGAACAUGACAUCCAAGUACGGUCCCUCGGCCAUCAGCGCGCAUGUCCUGGGGUCAACUUCCGGGCUGGGCCAGAUGACGGUCUUGCAAACGGCUUUGCUGGGCCCGAAGCUGGAGCAGCUGGGGCCUGCAACCUUUAUCCAGGCGGGCUUCACCUUUACGACCAAGUUUGGCUCGGGACGCGGGAUCGUUCGCCUGGCCAACACGGGACCCGGCGAGUGGAAGGCCUGGACCGUUUCCACGGAGCUGGAACGGCUAAAAGAGAUGCGAGACGCAAAGCAAGACGGGAUUGCUAAUGCGAAUGGAUCGACAAAGUCAGAGUCAGACGAGCUGCAGGUCCUGAUUGUCGGCGCCGGUGAGCUUCAUCCCCCUCUCCCACUUUAUAUGCUACUGAAGAGGGACCGUCCUCAGGCCAAUGCGAAUCCCAGGGUCGGCGACUCGUGGCGCAACCGUUAUGACAUUCUCAAGACUCACACGCCCUCGUCCAUGGACAACCUCCCAUUCCUGCGGUACCCUACCAACUGGCCCAGAAACAUGACCAAGGACCAAUAUGGCGAAUGGAUGGAGUGCUACAGCAGAAUCAUGAAUCUCAAGACGCGCACGAGCACGGCGGUCAAGAGCGUUGUACGCGAGGACGGAGGGCCCAGCUAUAUCAUCGAGCUGGAGACGAACGGGAUCUCAUACACCAUCAAGGCCAGGCAUGUCGUUCUCUCUACAGGUCUCAACAGCGACCAGCCCGUCCAACUGGACAUCCCGGGCCAAGAUGCCUUCCGGGGCCAGAUGUACCACUCGUCUCAGCACAAAUCGGCAUCAGGCGUGUCCAACCUCGCGAGCAAGAACGUCACCAUUGUCGGGGCCGGAACCAGCGCGCACGACAUAGCCUACGACUUUGUCACCCACGGUGCCAAGAGCGUGUCCAUGAUCCAGCGCAGCCCCAGCUUAUUUAUCACGCCAGAGUCGGCCGACAAGAUGCUCCUCGGCCUCUGGGCAGCCCCCAAUCUGAGCGUCGAGGACGCCGAUCUCAUCGAGACGUCCAUGCCCAAUGCGCUCACGCUCACCCUGGCCUCUGGCACGACGUCCAUGUGCGCACAGCUGGACAAGGAGCUCAUCGACGGCAUGGAACAGGCCGGCAUGGCCAUCAGGAAGGGCAAAGACGGCAUCAGCCUGCUGGAUCUCCUGAUCCUCAAGUCUGGCCACUUUUACAUUGACCAAGGCGCGGCCCGGCUGAUUGUGGCCGGGAGGAUAAAGGUCCACAGGUCCAAGGAAGGACUCGGCGCAUUCUACGACCACGGCAUUGAGCUGGCCGACGGCAGGAAUCUUGACUCGGACGUGAUUGUCCUGGCGACCGGCUGGGAGCGCAACGGCAACGUUGUCGAACGGCUCCUCGGGAGGGACCUGGCCAGCAAGGCCAAUGCCCAGGAAUGGGGACAUCUUGAUGAAGAGUCCGAGCGCAAAGGGUGGUGGCGGCCCAGCGGCGUCCCUGGUAUUUGGUGCAUGUCCGGGGCCAUUAGCUGGGCUAGGCAGUACUCAAAGGUGCUUGCGUUGCAGAUUGCCGCCGUCGAAAGGGGAUACAAUGACGAGUAUUAUGUAGUGGACACGGCUGGGCAACGGUGGGCGGAGAGCCUCGGGACGUGA